CACCAGAACUCUUUUAUUUAUGGGCAAGUAAUAUUGUCUUUGUCACAUAGAUCGUCUUUCCUUUUCCGGUUCUGCAUCGUAGCUGAAACCAUGCCGCUCGCAAUCGACUUAUUGCACCCUUCCCCAGUGUCGGAGAGGAGGAAGCACAAGCUGAAGAGGCUCGUGCCACAUCCCAACUCGUAUUUCAUGGAUGUGAAGUGCCCAGGAUGUUACAAAAUCACAACCGUAUUCAGUCACGCUCAAAGGGUUGUUGUAUGUGCAGGAUGCUCCACCAUCCUCUGCCAGCCCACAGGUGGCCGUGCUAGAUUAACUGAAGGAUGUUCGUUUAGGAGAAAACAACACUAAAAGUACCAUAGAGAGAGCCGUAAUUUUAAGAUUGCAUUUUAUUUCCAAGAAUUUAAAAAUGAACGAGCGAUGAGUUUUUUCUUGUUCAUUGGAUUUGUUAAGGCACUAUAAAUAAAGGCUUUUUCAAACGGU